AUGGAUUUUGCAACCGUAUUUGGUAGCAACAGAGUUUUGAAUUUUAAAUUAGCAUCUGAAACUAAAGUGAUACACGUUAAAUUUAUUUUUACAACCAAAAUCAAACACGCCUUCAAAAAGUUUCAUCACUCGAAUAAUAAUGAUUCAAGUUUGAUGAAGAAUAAAUGGGUCACAGAGCAUUUUUCAAAACCAUUUACAUCAGUGUCUUACCAUAAGAGCCCUUUUUCAAAUUUAAAGAUUCAAACAAAAAUUGGCAGCAUGUCUAUCAUUCAUAUUUCCGAAUUACCUACAGAAAUAAUUCAAAGGAUCAUUAAUUUAAUUGAUGAUAAAGAUACAUUAUUGGAAUUAGCGAAGAUACCAAGUCUUAGAAAUAUUAGUUAUGAAAAGUUAUUUCCAAAACUAGAUAUAUUCCAUGUCAAACCAGAUUAUGUUAAAGGUAAAUCCAGUUCAUUAUAUUUUAAAUCAAAAUUUCUUAAUUUUUUGGAUGACUAUGAUAAUUAUAUUCCAAAUGAAGUCUUAACAAAUGUAAAUACAUUAUACGAAUUAUAUAAAUUAAAAAAUAUAAAAUUUCAAAAUACAAAAUUCAAUUUAAUUAUUCAUGAUUAUAAUACAAUUCAAGAUUUAGAAUUUUCCGUGAAAAAUUUUAAGAUAAACUCAAUUACAUUAGCAUUAGAUUUUGAUUAUGCAUUUACUGGGAAACAGUAUAAUAGGAAUGAAAUUCAUUUCGCUCAAUUGGAAGAUGAAGGAUCUCGAAAUUUUACUCCUUCAAACACUUUUGAAGAAUUUGGCAUAAAGUAUGAUGUGUUUUUUUCAAAAAAUUUACUACUUUCAUUACGUGAGUUAAAAUUAAGCGACAUCAAUGACUUAAAUUCAAUUAAAUUUCCUUUAUCCUUGGGAUCAUUAUCUUUAACCGGUUGUAAUUUAAGUGGAGAAACAUUAGAUUUAAAUUAUCUUUAUCAAUUGAAGGAGUUAAAUUUAUAUGGCGUCAACGGCUUCAAUUCAAUUAAAUUACCUUUGACAUUAAAUUCAUUAUCUUUAACAGAGUGUAAGAUUAGUGGAAUAAUUUUAGAUUUAAGUUAUCUUUAUCAAUUGAAGAAGUUAGAUUUAGGCGACGUCGAAGACUUAAAUUCAAUCAAAAUACCUUCAUCAUUAAUUUCAUUAUCUUCAUCAUUAUGUCGAAUAAGAGACGUAAUUUUAGAUUUAAGUUAUCUUUAUCAAUUGAAGAAUUUUGAUUCACAUGGCAUAUGUCAAUAUGAUGGUCGUUCAUUAGAAAAUGUGAAACUACCACCUUCUUUAGAAUCAAUUUGUUUAAGUUACUUUGAUUUACAAAAUUUGAAUAUCUCAAGUGAUUACAAAAACUUGAAAAUCCUUAAGCUCAUGGAAUGUGAUGGAUCAAUUUCAUUGUUAUAUACAAAAUUGCCUCCUGGUUUAGAAAUUUUGGAAAUUGAAUUUAGUAAUGAGGCUACAUUUGCGCUUCGCGAAGCAAACUUCUUAUAUGGCUUGAGUAGUGAAAUUCUUUUUCCAUCAACUUUGAAAAUUUUAAAAUUGACUGGAAUGGAAGAUAUUAUAGUGGGGUUGCAAUUGAAUUCACCUAAUUUGGAAGAACUUGAAAUUGAAGGAGCUUCGUUGUUCAAUCCACAAGGCUUGAUAAAUGAAAGCUUAAUCAAUUUGAAAAAAUUAACUGUCAUUCUUUGUGGCUCAACUAUGGAAUCUGUCAAAUUUCCAAAAAAUUUAGAAUACUUGAAUCUUAAAAAUAAUCGCAUAACUUCAUUAAUAGAAUUUAAUUUAAAUAAUUUGAAUAAACUUAAACAUUUAAUUGUUAGGAAUAAUGAGAUAACUAGCAUCACUGAACAAAUAGCUCCAAAUUUGAAAAUACUUGAUAUAUCAGGUAAUCCAAUAAAACAAUUUCAUCAACAAGAAAAUUUAAAACAAUUAAUUUUAAAUACUUCCAAAAUAGAUGUUACUUGUAUCAACAAUUUAGAAAGUUUUGAAUUAGAAAUCAACGAUAAGGAUUACAAGUACAAUUCAAUUCCCUAUUACGAAUUUGAUUCAUGUUAUUAUUUAAAAAAAUUCAUAUUACGUCUCAAAGUUGGUGAUUUAUCAAAUAUAACUUUUCCUGAUUCAAUUGAAAUUCUUGAUAUUACUUUGAAUAGAUGUAUGCACACACAAAAAGAUCUUUAUAAUAUAUCAAAUUGUUACAAUUUAAAAAGUUUUGAAUUAAAAAGUUGUAACAUAGAACAUAUUAAUUUCAAUAAUUUACCAACAAGUUUAGAAAGUUUUGCAAUUAUUGAUUCUGAAUUAAAAUCAAUUCAUGGUUCUUUAAAAAAUUUGAAAAAUUUAAAAUUACUUGAUUUAAAAUCAAAUAGAAUUAAUAAUGAUGGACUUAAAAAUUGUUUGUUUUCAUCUCCAAAAAUUGAAAAAAUUGAUUUAAGUAGAAACUUUAUUGAUAAUAUUGAUUGCAUUAGAAUUGAAGAUUGUCCUAAGUUAAUUGAAUUGAAUUUAAAAAUGGUCUCACUGAUCAAACUUUAUGUAACUGAUGAAUAUGAAGAAAAAUUGAAAUCAAAUUGCCCAAGAUUGGGUACAAUAGGAGCUUAUAAAAAAAAAGAUAAACAUCUUCAUUCUGUUCAUGGUAGUGUUUACUAA